GCACAGUUUUUCGAAUUUCGUAAAAUAAUAAACAAAUAAAGGAAAAACAAAUAAAAAGUCAAUAAUUGCUCGAAAUGAAAUAAGAUUGAAGAAAAUAUCAUUAUAACAAAGUGUCGUAUGAAAAAAGGAAUAAAAUAUAAGUGAAAUAAUUAGAUAAUAAUAUGUUGAAUGAAACUAAUGCAGAUCGCUUGCGAUAAUUUCAUACUCAUUGAACUCGGAAUCAAAAUCAUAAUUGUACCGCCGACGAAACCAAUAACAAAAUGUCUUGGAUGUCUUUUGGAAUAUUAGCAUCCGGCUAUGCUUUGCAGCGUUUAUUGGGAGGUGAUUAUCCUUCCAACAAGGUGCUGGAAAUCAAAAGCGAAUCUUUAGGCACACUACAAGUUUUGGCACGUGACGAUGCAAUGGUUUUGUUUGCACCACCGUUCAAUUCUAAUGAAAAGAAAGCCAGUUAUGAAAUCGUUCUGCAAAGACCGCAUACUGACUCGAAUACCACGUCAUUCAGUUUAUAUCGUUCGUCAAAUCAACACGAAACGGAAGAGAAAUUCAAUACUUUUAUGCAUCGUUUACCAGUAUUUGUUAGCAUUGUUAAAGAGUUCUAUAACGUUAAUGGAUUGCAGAAAUUGUGCGAUAUCUUAACGGAGAACCCUUCCUGGUCUCUAACUCAUUUGAUAGCCUAUUUCAAUUUGGUUGACUAUAUCAGCAAUCCGAAAGUUUUGCAGUGCAUCGACUAUGCGGAUCAUAUAAAUUUGAUGUCACCAUUUCAGCUGGCAAUAAAAACGGGAAAUGUUGAAAUGGUCAAAGUCCUCUCGCCGCUAUGUAAAAUGGAACAUUUGGAUAAUAAUAGUAAUUCAGUGUUUCAUUAUGCCGCCAGUACCAAUAAGGAAAUUUUAAAUCAUUUAACUGCAAAAAGCACAGUGCACUUGAAUCAUUUCAACUCAGACGGCUAUACACCGCUACAUUUGGCCUGUCUCGCCGAUAAGAAAGAUUGUGUAACGGCCUUACUAUUAGCUGGAGCCGAUGUAAAUCUUAGCGCCAAGAAUGUCUCCAAGCUAUGCAAAAUUUCAACGCCCACAUCCAUAGCAGCAUUCUUAAAACAAAACGACAACAAAUUGUAUUCACAAGAUAUGAAAUACGGUGGUACACCUUUACAUUGGUGCUCUUCGCGCGAUACACUCAAUGCUCUUAUAAUGCAAGGCUGCGAUGUAAACGCCACAAAUUUCGACGGACGCACUGCCCUGCAUGUAAUGGUUGCUCGUAACCGGUUUGAAUGUGUCGUCACAUUGUUGGCUCAUGAUGCUGAAAUUGAUAUUCGGGAUAAGGACGGAAAUACGCCGCUUCAUAUCGCCAUCGAUCAGAAGCUAGUGCCUAUCGUACAAUGUUUGGUCGUUUUCGGUUCCGAUAUAAAUUUAAAAAACAAUAGGGGUGAAACACCACGACAUAUGGUUGGUCAAGAUGCCAGUGGCGGGAAAGAAGAUGAAAUAUUGUACAUACUACAUUCGGUGGGAGCGAAACGAUGCCCUUCCGCAAACACGAAAUGUCCACCCGGCUGUAAUUCUACAGGUAAUUACAACGGCAUUCCCCCAGAAGCUCCCGAGUCGGUCGAAUCGCGUGAACAUAUUGAGAAUAUGUUAGCUACUACCAGUCGUCAGGCUUUCGGCGGACUCUUAGUCUCUGUUGCAGCAGACGCAUGCCACGACAUGCAAGAUAUGGACAAAUGCAACAAAACUGUCGUUAUCGAUACCGAAAAGGAACAAAAAGGUCAAAGUAUUAUGGACGCUUUACUUGGAAUGUUUACUUCUAAAGUUAAUACCGAGUCCAAAAAAGAAUCGGGUAGUAACAGUGUGGCAAGUGGUUCGGGUGGAGAUGCCAACUCCGCUCUGGGCAGCCUAGAAAAUAUGGCGUCACCCACAUCAUCGGCACCAUCUUUUAACGCUCACGCGUUUGAGAGAGGCGAUGUACAACAUGCUCGUGGUCGCGUUUUGUGUCUCGAUGGCGGUGGAAUUCGUGGUUUAGUCCUGGUACAAAUGUUAUUAGAAAUAGAAAGGCUUUCCCAAACCCCGAUUAUACACCUAUUCGAUUGGAUUGCUGGCACUAGUACAGGUGGUAUAUUAGCUUUAGGUUUGGGCGUUGGCAGGUCAAUGCGUCAAUGUAUGGGCCUUUACUUGCGCAUGAAAGAACAAUGUUUCGUUGGUUCUCGACCUUAUCCGAGUGAAAACUUUGAAAAUAUUCUCAAAGAGAAUUUGGGAGAAUUUGCAGCAAUGGCGGAAAUUAGUCACCCUAAAGUAAUGGUUACUGGAGUUAUGGCCGAUCGCAGACCUGUUGAUCUGCAUCUUUUUCGAAAUUACAAGUGUGCCAGUGAAAUUUUAGGCAUCGUAACCCCGAUAUCCAAUCGACGUGUUCCACCACCGCCACCAGAAGACCAGCUUAUAUGGCGCGCUGCUCGCGCCACUGGAGCAGCUCCUUCGUAUUUUAGAGCCUUUGGCCGCUUCCUGGACGGUGGUCUAAUUGCCAACAAUCCAACGUUAGACGCCAUGACCGAAAUCCAUGAAUACAAUAUGGCCCUACGUAGUGUAGGACGUGAUUCUGAAGCAAUACCGAUUUCUGUCGUCGUUUCACUGGGUACCGGUCAAAUACCCGUAACUGAAUUGAAAGACAUUGAUGUGUUUCGCCCUGAAAGUAUUUUGGACACAGCUAAGUUGGCCUAUGGUAUAUCGACGAUUGGUAAUUUGCUUGUUGAUCAAGCCACUGCUUCAGAUGGUCGCGUUGUUGAUCGCGCUCGAGCUUGGUGUAGUACUAUUGGUGUACCAUAUUAUAGAUUUAAUCCGCAACUAUCCGAAGAUAUUGCCAUGGACGAGAAGAAUGAUCAAAAAUUGAUUAACAUGUUGUGGUGUACCAAGGCCUAUAUGCAUAGUAAUCGCAACAAAAUCAUGGAAAUGAUCAACUUAUUGAAAUAGCAUAUAAGAAGGAUAUAGACUUGUCAAGACGUUUUCGUCAAUCAAUCAGACCAUUAGCAUAAAUAUUGUUGAAGACAACAUAAGUCACAUCAUCUAUUGUCGUGUUAAUCGUUGUUCAUAUAAAUCAAAGUAUAAUUUACAUGAUUAAUUUGGAAAACAAAGUAAACAUAGCACGAAGCAAAAAAUAUUUUAAAUUUUUUUAAAACUUGAAUUAAGAAGAGUGGUCUCUAAACCUUCGUCAUUUAUUGUUUCUAUUUCAAUUUUAUAUGCAGUCAUCAAUCAAUAUAUAAUUAAAACAUUUACAUUCUUUUUUUUUUUUUUUUUUUUUUGUGCACCGUAGCAAUAUAAUAUUCUCUGGAACCUAUUAAUGGCAACUGAGUUCUUUUGUUAAGUCAGAUAAUAUGUAUAGCUAGUAUUCCUAGUAUUAUCUAUAAGUUCAAGUUGAAAGAUCGCAUAUAUUUCUCUGUAUAUUUGUUAAAUCGUUUAGAAUGCUCGCAAACUCUCCAAGUUGCAAUUUUGAAUCUUCUUAAUUAUAUAUCUAAACAUGUUAUUGGGAUUUUUCAAGUUAUACAAAUGCAAUUCGUGAUUUUUAAGCUUCGAAGCAAAAUGAAACGGAUCUCGAAAUUUGAUAAUAAUGUUUAUCCGAAUCAUAAUCGAUUAAUGUCAAAUUGAUACAGUACCCAGACUUACUCGCAACUUGGAAAGCACCGGCAUAUUCAUAUGCGAUAUUUGCGAUGAUGGGUAUAAAAAGUUAGCAACAAAAGGCUACAUAGAUUUCUUAGUUUGUUUUAAUUUGCUAUGUGAUAUAUUUGUGUAUGUUUAUUUAUAUGAAUUAAUCUUAUCAUUAAAUUAGUUUAACAAAUACAAUUAACAUUGAAAUUGUCUCACUUAAAUUUAAUAAUUUUUUCUAUAAAUUAAACUGAAAAUAAUCAGCACAUCAA